AUGAAACCGGCCACCAAGUUCCUGAGCGCCAUCUUGCUCGCUGCCUCGAGCGGCGUUCUGGGCGCACCAGAGGCCGAGCUGCUCAUCUCGGCGCGGACGGCGGACUCGGUGGCUUCAGACUUGUCCGCCGUGUACUACUCGGAUGUCUCGUCGUCGGUGCCGCUGUUGCUUGGAAACGACAAGGGUGCUGCGUCCGGCGGUAUCCGCGCCUGGGCCCUCGAUCCCGAGUCGAGCAACGGGACCUUGUCGGCUGUCGCACACCAGACGCCGGGUCGUACCAAGGCUCUGACUACCGUCUACGGCGUGGGGAACCGCGACCUGGUGGUCACGGUCGCGGACCCCGACUCUAUUGUGCGUCUCUUUGACGCCAGCACGUUGGAAGUGGUCGACGACUCCCUCAAAAAGGUACUUGGAGCUUGGUCUGUUGUAUGUGCCUGGAGAAGCCCGGUGAGCGGCGAGCAAUACUUGUACCUCUUUGGAAAAGGCCAGGGAGUACAGUUUCUACUACGAGCUGUAGACGAAAAUGAAUUCGAGCUUGUCGAGGUUCAAACCUUUGAGACUGCAUUUGAGGCUUCUUCGUGCGCAGUUUCACCCGUAGAUGGGCUUGUCUUCUUUAGCGGAGAUGACGAUUCGACAGUCUACACUUUCAACGCCAGCGAGUCUACAGCAACACCCGAGAUUACCAUACUUGGGAAAGCAAGCGAUGAUAUUACAGGCCUGACCGUUUACGUGAGCCUCGAGACGGAUUACCUCCUUGUCGCACAAACCGACAUAGUGGAAGUCUACGACACGAGUCUCAACCUCCUCGGGACACUGACUUUGAGCAGUGACGAUGAUAUUGAGAUCCAGGGGCUGAGCAUCUACCAGGCAGCGACUGAUGCAUACCCGGCCGGUGCCCUUGCCUACGCCUUGGAGAGUGAUGCUGGUGAGGGUUUCGGUGCAAGCUCGCUGGAGACGGCCUUUGAGGCCCUGAACUUGACACUGAAUACGGCGUAUGAUCCGCGCGUCAAGCCGUGCAAACCUGUAUCACCUAUUACUGAGGCUUGCAAUAGAAACGGUUUCUAUCAAGAAGACGGCUCUUGUCUGUGCUUUGCGGGUUAUGCGGGCGAUACAUGUGCCUCAUUCACGUGUCGCGAGGACUGCUCGGGACAAGGAUCAUGUAUUGGUGCCAACACCUGCGAUUGCACCACCGGCUGGGGUGGUCUAUACUGCGCCUUCAAGCUUGUCGCAGCGGCCGAGGAAACAGACGCAUUUGGCGGAGAUGGAGACGACCCAGCCGUCUGGAUCCACCCCACGGAUAAGUCGCAGUCCAAGAUCAUUACGACGAUCAAGUCGGAGGAGGGUGCCGGACUCGCCGUCUUCCAUCUGAAUGGCACAACGGCGCAGACGAUUUCUGCUGGCGAACCCGAUAAUGUCGAUGUCAUUUAUGGAUUUGAGGCUGGGAGUCGGACCGUGGACUUGGCGUAUGCAGCUUGUCGAGACGACAACACUCUAUGCUUGUUCGAAAUCACGUCCAAUGGUACCCUGAUCGAUAUCGCCGGUGGCUCGCAACCGACCAAGGACGACUACGACGUCUACGGAAGUUGCGCCUACCGAUCACGACUCACGGGCCAGCAGUACCUCUUUGUCAAUGCCAAAACGGCCGAGUACCUCCAGUAUGAGCUAACUUGGUCCACCGAGUCGGCGGAGCUGCAAACGGUGCUCGUGCGCAACUUUACGGGCGGAUCGGGGGGCCAGGUUGAGGGCUGCGUGACCGACGAGGCUAAUGGCUGGCUCCUGGUCGGCGAGGAGCCGUUUGGUCUCUGGCGCUACAGCGCCGAGCCCCAGGCAGACUUCGAGACUGUGGAUGAGGGAUAUCUGAUCGACCAUGUUGGCAGCGAUGGACACAUGUGGGCCGACGUCGAGGGCGUGACGCUGGUCGAGGGCUCUUCAGCCACCGAGGGUUUCAUCCUGGUGAGCCAGCAGGGCGUCAGCGCGUAUAACGUCUAUCGACGGGCAGCACCACAUGAUUAUGUCCUGACGUUUACCGUCGCGGCCAACGAGGACAAGGGCAUCGACGCCGUGUCCAAUACGGAUGGUAUCACGGCCGUGGGCGCGAGCCUGGGUGAUGGUUUUCCCUAUGGUAUUUUUGUCACGCACGACGAUGCGAAUGAGUUGGCCGAAGGUGGGACGAGUGAGCAGGCUAGCUUUAAGAUUGUCAGUCUUGCUGAUAUCCUGAGCGAGGAGUUGCUUGCUGAGGUUGACCCGAAUUGGGACCCUAGGUCAUCUUGA